UCGAACAGGAAGUAGAGACCUGUCAGAGGCAGAGAGGAGAAACUUCACGAGCUGACACAUACACACUCUCCUACAUCCUCCUCACUGGGUCGAACUGGACACUGUCCCGGAAACUACUGCUCACACUUUGUACAGACGAUGGCAGAGAAGGUGCUGGUCACAGGUGGAGGGGGCUACAUUGGCAGUCACUGCGUGGUGGAGCUGAUUCAAGCAGGAUUCCAGCCGGUCGUAAUAGAUAACUUCAGUAACGCCGUCAGAGGAGAAGGGGAUGUGCCAGAGAGCAUACACAGGAUACAGAAGCUUUUGGGGACCAGCAUCGAGUUUCAUGAACUCGACCUCCUGGAUCGACCUGGUUUGGAACAACUCUUCAAAAAGCAUGCGUUCAGUGCCGUGAUGCACUUUGCUGGUCUGAAGGCCGUCGGGGAGUCAGUGGAGCAGCCGCUACGUUACUACAGAGUCAACCUCACCGCCUCCAUGAACCUGAUGGAGGUGAUGCAGGCUCACAGGGUGCGCAAUCUGGUCUUCAGCAGCUCGGCCACAGUGUACGGUGACCCCCAGUACCUGCCCAUCGACGAGCAGCACCCCGUGGGCGGCUGCACCAACCCCUACGGCAAGACCAAGUACUUCAUCGAGGAGAUGAUCAAGGACCACUGUAAGGCGGAGAAGGAAUGGAAUGCAGUGCUGCUGCGUUAUUUUAACCCAAUUGGAGCUCAUUCCUCCGGCGUGAUAGGAGAAGACCCUCAGGGUAUCCCCAACAACCUGCUGCCAUAUGUUGCUCAGGUUGCCAUUGGGAGAAGGAAGUGCCUCAACGUAUUUGGAAACGACUAUGACACACUCGAUGGGACAGGUGUGAGAGAUUAUAUUCACGUCGUAGAUCUGGCAAAGGGACACAUUGCAGCUCUGAAGAAGCUGAGGGAAGACUGUGGGUGCAAGGUUUACAACCUCGGAACAGGAAGGGGCUACUCUGUGCUCCAGAUGGUGAAAGCCGUGGAGAAGGCCUCAGGGAAAGAGAUUUCAUAUGAGAUCGCCCCUCGUAGAGGAGGAGACAUUGCAUCCUGCUACGCUGACCCUUGUCUGGCUGAGAAGGAGCUCAGCUGGAAGGCUGAAUUUGACCUGGAGCGAAUGUGUGAGGAUCUGUGGCGCUGGCAGUCCAUGAACCCCACAGGAUUUUCAAAAGGCCCAGCGUCUUGAUACGCCUGCAUCGCCUGAUGUUAAAUGUCUUCGAGUCCUCUUCUGAAUCAAUCGACGUUUUCAUUUAAUUUUUUUGGGAUAUCUCAUAAAACACAUGAUGUGACCUCAGGAGGAACUGAAAGCUUUAUGCUUUACGUUUCAUUUCCUCUCCGCUCUUAAUUAACCAUCAUCUAAUUUUAAAAUGAUUGUGCACAAACGCCUUUCAGUUUCCACAAUGUUGUUUUGAUCUUUUAGUCAUAACAGUAAAGAAUAAAUUAAUUUUCUUACUGGAGACACAGAAGCCUUUCAUUCCACUCCAUCAUGAAACUGUGAUGAUGAUUGUGAAGUGAGUUUUAAUUAACAUUGAUUGACUGGAACAGGGUUUUACCACAUUGAGAAUAAAACAGGAUUCAGAGACACAACCCAACCAUGAGAACAUUCUGGAAUAAGCCUCUCUCACCUUUACAUAUAAUAAAACAGCUGUAAGGUUCAGUGGCCCUGAAAAGUGCAAAUCAAAACACAGGUUUAACUUCUGACAAAAGAGGCGGGACCUGCUACCGACGAGGCUCUUCGCUGAUUGGAUGGACACGCUGUCCAUGUGAUUUAUAGGUUUUCUUAUCUUAUGUUGUGCUUUGUGAUUUGGUUUUGUGUUUUCUUAUAUAAAGUUAUGUUUUCUUAUA